CUUCUUUCCCACUCUCACACUCACCGUCUCUGUUGCUUAGUCAUUUAAAAGCCAUCAUAUUUGACUCUAUUAUAUUCUUGAAUAGAUGAUUGUCAGGUUGUAUUAUUGGUUUUCAUGGAUGACUCUCUGGGUUGUAUUUGUAGUUUUAUGGACAAACCAAUCUUGGAUGAUGUAGUGAAAUGACUGGUUUGCCAUACUGUAAUCACACCUAGUUGACAGUAUUAUAUGUCUAAUGAUCUAAUCAGUACAAAUUAUAGUUGACCCAGCUGACCAUUUCAUCUGUUUGCAUGAACUUGAAUCAAAAGGUUUUGAGAUUUUCCAUAUCUGGUGGGUGUUGGAUUGAUGAAAUCAACUGAAUGAGCCACAUGCCCAAAUGGGUAACCUCUGAAAUAUUGUAAUUUUAUAUUAUCUACAUGUUGUAAGAUGAGGAUUUCUUUUUUCAAUGGAUACUUAGAACUUGGAAUCUCACAUGUGCUAACUUUUACAGUGAUGUUUGAUUUGUCACCUUGUAAAUUGCAGGUGAUCUUUCUAUGAACUGGAAGGGGACCUUUGGUUCUUUGGCAGACUAAUUGAGCCGGCGAUUGCUUCUUUGGGCUAUAACCAUGUCUGCUUAUGGCCACCAUAUGGAGCGAGAGUACUCCGCCCAGAGUCUUUCGAGUCGUGAAGUUUCUGAGAGAACAAGUAGUUAUGCAAUGGAGUCGGGGUUCUACAUGUCGUCCUUUGCUACAACAAUCUUCAUUGCUUCACUCGUCACAGUCGGGUUAUUAUUCAUCACUUUGCUGAUUGCACUGACGGUAAUGCUGCAGUCUUGUGAAAGCAAGAGCCGUGGAAUCGUUGAGGUUCAGAAACCAAGUUAUGAUUCAAAUUACUGCCAUAUCUUCUCUCUGCAUAUGGAACUCAACAACUUUGAGGCAGAUCAGUUCCCUUCAGUAUGCAGGGUUGUUGCUUCUCAGUACAUCAAACAAGGUCAAUAUGCAACAGAUUUAAAUUCUACCAUGGGGAUAGUUGAGGACUAUUUUGGUAGUAUUACUCCGCAACACGAUGGUCUGGAUGUUGUGUUGAUGGAUGUAGAUGACAUUCUUUCUUUAAACCCCCAGUAUAGUAAUUUUUCAGUGCACCGAUAUGAUCACUAUGGUUGUAGUGAUUGUAUGGAAGAGGCAAAGCAUCUGAAGCACAUGCUUAUUCUGAGACUAUACAUGAAACUUCAUUCUAGUGGUUGGCCUUUGAUUUUGUUAUCAAGAAAGCCAGAGACACAUAGGAAUACCUCCGUAGAGUAUCUUGUAUCUGCCGGAUACACAGCUUGGUCUUCAUUGAUUAUGAGAUCAGAAGCUGAACUGCAUAUGGAUAGCAGUGACUACUUCUCUAAACGAAGGGCUGCAAUGCAGAGAGAAGGAUUUCGCAUAAUCGGCAUUAUAAGCAGUCACAUGGAUGCUCUAAGAGGACCAUUUUUAGGAAGGCGUAUUUUUAAGCUUCCGAACCCAAUAUACAACAAUUUUGAAUAUCAAAUUGAAGACAUACAUACACCAAAAUAGAUCACUUUCCAACUUCAUGUUGUUGCUUGAUACACAUUGCUUUCCAUUCUGAAGCAGCCAUGUAAAUACAGUUGUUCUGCUCCGGAGUAUUUGUUGUCAAGAAAUGUCAAAUACAAGUAUUGUUACAAUUAUUGUAAACAUUGUUCAUGAAUUGCAUAAGUUUUGCCAAAUAAUAGUAUAUGGUUUCUUUUUA